AAAUGACAGAAAUUAUUUAUUAAAAGGGAUUUAUCUCUAUUAUUCGUUGACCUCUGCCGGAAUCUAUCCGAUGUGCAGUACAUUUACUGGAACAGCGCGCAUGACCCAUUGUUCUCACGAUGUCAGAAAUGCAAAUUGCGAGUUCCCACGAGUGUGUUAGAUUUUAGAUGAACACUAAGGAUAACAAAUCUUUGUGCUUUCUUGUUUUAAUAAAUCAUUUUCCCCUUUUUAUUCGUAAAUUGUAGAUCUCUUGACCAGGCUUAAAUAUUCAUCAUAGGCGUGUUCUUUAGAUCCACUGCGGAAUUUAAACGCAUUUUUAAUUAUCAUUUACAACAGUUCAAGAGUAACACUAACACUACUAACAGCGAACAAAUAUCGACGUAGAAUCUAGUCUAGAUCUAAAUCUAGAAUCUUGUAUUCUUGAUUAGAUCUAAUAAAGUAAAAAUUACGGAUUAUAUUUAAAGUGACAUCUAAAACAUUGUUAAUGUAGAAAAGUUUGUUGUUUCUUUCUAACCCUGUUUAGAUGAAUAAUAUUUCAAAUAUAAUGGAUGAUCAAGAUAUGCAGGAUGAAUAUGAUGUGAGCGGCAGCGACGAUGGAGUGCACGGAUCGCUGACGCGACAUGAUCUUAGCUUCUCCAUCCACGGAGACCACGAGUUUAUAUCUGCUUUUUCUGGCAACGGCGUCAUCCGUCGAUCGCAGCUGGGGGAACUCUAUCAGCGUGGGCAGUACAACAGCAGCCACCACCAGCAGUAUCAGUUCGGCGUGAGCUUGGACAGCCAGCCUCACACCAUCCCGCUGACCAUCAAACUCCCAGAGCACAUGGCCCAUGCUUCAGCCCCUGGCCUGGACAAUCCUGUUGAUCUUUCCAGCGCCAAGUUGGUGCCCCACGCACGCCACCAGCAGCAGCUCAAAGAUGAGAGACUCUACGAGCAGGAGCAGUAUUACCACGCCAACGCAGUUCACAUGAGAAGGGCCGCGUCACAGCAGCAGCAGCAUCUGAACCACCACCACCUUCAGCAUCAUUUGCAACAAGCGCAACAUCAUCAAACUAGUUCUGUGAUCACAGUUGGCAUACCCGAUCAGUCGCAUGAUGGUGGGAACCAUCUUAUGCCAGGGUCGCUCACUCCACCUGACAAACUAAAUGGUGACCUCGUUGGGUUGCCUUCUCCUGGCAGCCUGGACAUGGCAGCCAUCACAUCCACUAUGCAGGCACCGCCUUCUCCCCUCCCUACCCCGUCUCCACCUGCUGUGACUGUGACGGCCUCUACCACCACCACCAACAGCUGUAGGCAACAGGCAAUGGAAGUGGAUACAUCAGGGGGCACUGCUCCCUUGUUCACUGUCUCAUCUGGUCAUGGAAAUUUCAAAGGAGAAGAACAGAGGUUGACUAGGGAAGCAAUGAGAAAUUACUUGAGAAAAAGAAAUGACCAGACUCUUGUCAUUCUACACGCUAAAGUGGCACAAAAAUCUUACGGCAAUGAGAAAAGAUUUUUCUGUCCUCCACCCUGUAUUUACUUGUAUGGUAGCGGCUGGAAAGAAAAACAAGAAGAGAUGGAGAGAGAAGGGGCCAGCGAGCAUGACACCCAAGUUUGUGCCUUCAUGGGCAUCGGCAACUCUGAUCAGGAGAUGGUUCAACUCAACCUUGAAGGAAAGAAUACAUUUAAUCUUAAGACGACGCGGCCGAUAAAUCGGCCCAAGGCUAUUUGGCGAAAAAGACGAUGUUUCAAACCAAAGGAUUUCAGUAGCUAUUGUGCUGCCAAGACGUUGUACAUCUCUGACUCGGACAAGAGGAAACACUUCAUGUUGAGUGUGAAAAUGUUCUAUGGCAAUGGUCAAGAUAUUGGAGUUUUCCAGAGCAAAAGAAUCAAAGUCAUUUCUAAACCAUCCAAGAAAAAACAGUCUUUAAAAAAUGCAGAUUUGUGUAUAGCCUCAGGCACCAAAGUGGCUUUGUUCAACAGACUACGCUCACAAACAGUUAGUACACGUUAUCUCCAUGUUGAGAAUAAUAACUUUCACGCCAGUUCCACUCAGUGGGGAGCUUUUACCAUCCAUUUGUUGGAUGAUGCUGAGGUAGAAUCUGAAGAGUUUACUGUCAAAGAUGGCUACAUUCAUUACGGGUCUACUGUCAAACUAGUCUGCUCAGUCACAGGAAUGGCUUUGCCUCGUCUGAUAAUUCGUAAAGUUGACAAGCAGACAGCACAGUUAGAUGCUGAUGAUCCUGUAUCUCAACUUCACAAGUGCUCAUUCUAUCUCAAAGACACAGAACGCAUGUACUUGUGUCUUUCUCAGGAAAGAAUCAUUCAAUUUCAAUCGUUUUUAUUGUUUAUUUAUGAGGCAACGCCAUGCCCCAAAGAAGCUAAUAAAGAAAUGAUUAACGAUGGAGCCUCCUGGACUAUCAUCAGUACAGACAAAGCAGAGUACACUUUUUAUGAAGGCAUGGGUCCAGUGGAGAAACCCUUCACCCCAGUACCUAUUGUCAAUAGUCUGAAUUUGAAUGGUGGUGGUGAUGUGGCCAUGUUGGAACUAAGUGGAGAAAACUUUACCCCACAAUUAAAGGUUUGGUUUGGAGAAGUAGAGGCAGAGACUAUGUUCAGAUGUGAUGACAGUAUGUUAUGUGUAGUGCCAGAUAUUUCUGCAUUCCGAUCUGGUGGAGUCAGAUGGGUCAGGCAACCACUACAGGUUCCUGUGUCUUUGGUACGUUCUGACGGGGUCAUCUACUCAACUGGACUCAUCUUUACCUACACCCCAGAGCCUGGACCUCAUAACCACUACAAGGAAGUGGACAGAAUAUUGGGCCGCACACCUGCUAGCCCAGACUCUACAUCCAAUAACUUCAGCAAUUUAUGAUUAUGGAGAUUACAUGCCAAAAAUAACUCUUGAUCUUAGUGACUGUAGAGACAUUGCUCCUGUUGAUGAUACAAUCAUUGGGCAUCUUCAAUGUCAUAGAAAAAGAUAUCAUCUUUAGUGACCUAUUGCAAGACUGAGACUCAGGAAAUCAGUUUCAUCAUGAAGCUCAUAUUAUUUCAACAUUUGAUUCUUUGAUUCAUGUUAAUUUUUUUUUGUCAUUUUAGUGUAAGCCAUUUUUACUCAUUUGUCGAUUGAGAACAUUUACACCUAUAAAUAUUUGUUCAGACCAUCAAAUCAUAUUUGUUUAGAUUUUUUAUUAUUUUUGGCUGGCAGGGAGGUAGUUGAAAAAAAUCAGUAAGGUUAUAUCAGAUCCAAAAGUGAUUUCUUUUGAAAAAGUUCUUUGGUAUUUCUGAGAGGCCUGUUGGAUUCUUCUACUCAACUGUCUAUAGUUCUAGUAAAUGAACCUUAGUCGUUCCAUAAUCCUUCAAUGACUGAAAGAGGCCAACUAGUUCUGAGUAUAGGUGAAAGCCCUUUGUAUUAAGAGUCCUUGUGUUAUUAUCAGUGAGGUCUAUUGCAAGCUUCUGUGCUAUACACAAUGAAUUUAGGUUGGGGUUUGGUGCACUCUGACCUUCUUUUACUUCCCUGGAUCCCUCACAAAUUUGUUUGUUUGGUGGCUAUGGUAAUAUUUAGGAUCCUUUUCGUGGGCUUAUUAAAACAACUAAAGUAAAAUAAUUUUUUUUUGGUUAGUGUAUUUCUUUUCCUCCUGAAGAGGGAGAUGGUGAAAUGGCCUUUGUAAUUGAAUGUUAUGUAAUGAUCUUGGUUUCAACAGAAAGCUUGAAGAUACUCAAGUCUGAUUGCAUGAAAAAAAAACUAAACUUUUCAUUCCAUUGUGUUAACUGAGUUAAUGCUGUUUGACUAGGACAGAGUGUACAUGUGUAUAAAUACUUAAUAAUAUAUACAUCUAUUUAUAUCUCUACAUAUUUGAUGCUAAUAUAUUUACAUAAUGCUGUGACUGUCUGUAAAUCAGGUGAUACCUAGAAAUGUACAUAGUCUUCUGGUCUCUGUCCUAUUCAUCCUAUAUACCAUUUGAUUUCCCUUAACUGCUGAUUUCUUCUGCCCUGCCCUCCCAACAGAUUUUAUUUUGAUAUAUUUUAUAUUUACUGUCAGGUUCUUCCAAGUCCUCUUGAAAUGUUAAUAGUUUUCUGUAAAUGAUUAGAUCUGUACCUGAUUUGUUCUACUAGUAAACCAUUUAGUCAUUUUAUGUCUUUUUUUUUUUUUUUUUUUUUGUGCUUCAAUUUUAAUUUGGUAAAAUCUUAAAAGAAAUAAAAUAUACUCCUUAUGUUCAUGUAAUACAAUUGAUUUAAGAUCAAAAUUGAUAUCUGCUGCUUUUAAAUUGUGUCAGAACAUCUUUUGACUUAUUUAUUGCUAAGAAGAAAAACAUGAAAACAUCAUAGUCUGUGGGGAAAAACAAAUACACAGAACAAUUUGAAACUGUUGCUUGCAGAUUUUCUAACCUGAAUUGUCAGCAAUGGAUGAUUGCUUUAACAUAAUACCUAACAUGCUAGGACAUCUACUAGCAUUGGAACAAAAAAAAAGUGUGUACCUAUUACUUCCAAAUUCUUGUGAUAAGAAAACCAAUGGCUCAUGGAAUGCUUUGUUUUUCUUCUGAACAUUCAUUUGUUUUGGUGUUUGAGUGCAUACAUUUUGUGGUGUGUGUCUCCUAUUUAUUCCAUUGCAAUAUCAUGCCAGUUGGUGUCCUGUCUGCCUUACCUUGUGGUUCUGUUCAUGUAUAAAUAAUUGCAACACUCGCCCCCCCCCCCCCCCCCCCCCCUCCCUUUGUAUUUAGUGCUUCUGUAUUCACAUUCCACUUGAUCUUGACUGAGCAGGUCUUGUAUACUGGCAUACUUCUUCUUUGUAGGAGAGUGUUUUGGUAAAGAGGACAGUUCACCAAUAGUCAUUCACCGUAUUGAACUACGUAGAAGAGGUUUUGUCUUCAUUUGUUUACAAUGUGUGCCCCUAUUAGUCUUGUGUCUACCUCAUUAGAACCUAAUCUUGAUUACCUCAAAUGAAACCUAAAUGUGUGUUUUGACAUUUAGUGGUAUGUUUCCCUUGUACACGCUUUUGAGAGUUUACAGAAAAAGAAAUAAGUUCUGUAGUAAAAAGUUUUCAAAACAUUUUAUAAUUCAGUGGAUUCAAAUGACAAAAUGUUUGUAUUAUGAUACCAAUUAUAUCUCUAGUCUUGAAUUUUUCUCAAAUUCAUGUUAUAAAAAAUAUUUUUUUUAACGCCCCCAAACUAUACAUUAGAUGAAGUUUAUGUAGAAAGUUGCAGCACUUUGAAACCAUGCUGGCUAAUGGCCCUUGAAAUCAUUUAUGCUAAUCUCCCUGUGGCCAAUGUACCCUGCAUGAGGGCAACACAAUCUUGUUUCUUAAAGGAACAUCUUAAGCUUAUAAGAUAUCUUGAUAUCCCUGCGACUUUGCAUAUGUGCAACUUGAAUGUAUUAUUUCCUAUUUCAACAUGUGGCAUUUUUAUUUUGACCUCAUUUUGUUUUAACAUGUAAUAGUGGAUGUUUGGAUGGAUGCAUGUAACUAUGUUGUUAAGUCUUGUAAGCAAGUGUCAAUAUGUGGUCAUGUCAGUAGUGUACUUGAUGGGCUUAUUUCAAGAUCUUAUAAGCAAAACUAUAUGUCAGAUUUUUUAAUUUCUGCUUCCUUGUAAACUAUUUUUUUUCUUUACCACAUUAGCACAAUAAAAGUAUAGUUACAAAAGAUAAUUGUAAUGAGGAUGUUGAUUUUCUGUAUUGUAAUUAGCCAUAGACAAAAAAAACUUGAUUGCUUACAGGAAAAAAAAUGUAACUGAACAGCCUUAUGACUGUAGCAUUCAUUGAGCUGUCAUCAUAUUUAAUAAGUAGGAGAAUCUAGUGGAUUCCUUUUCCGCUGUGAACCAUUUAGAAUACAUGAUCAUGUGGCUUUUUGAAAAUAACUCUUCUUAUACAUACAGUUUGUAUUAGUAUCUUCUAUGUUGAUAGAACAUCUGUAAUUUAUAUGUUUGAUUUCUAUGCAUUGUAUUCUUAAACUAAAUUAUGCAAGGCUGAGGAAAUUUGUUAUAUUUUUCUGUUACUGUAAAAUUAAUUGUAAUUUAUUAUUCCCUUUUUUUUUUAAAUAUAGAUUGCUAAAAUGACAUUAUUGAUCUUGAUCUGAAAAUCCUUUUUUUUUCUUCGCUAAACAUUUUGUUUGGUUGUCUCCCUUAUAUAGCUAUCUUUUUUUUUUUUUUUUUCCUAAUUAUGUUUAAACGUUUAGAUAGUUCUAGUUUUUUUUUCUCCUAACAAAUGGCAAUUAUUUAUAUUAUGGUUUUAGAACACUUUGUGUUUGAUACAACCUACAUACUUUUCUUUGUUCAUGUAAUCGAUGUGUAGCUAUUUACACAACUUUUUUGUUUCUCUGAAUGUGUAUAUGUGAAACUGCUUUGAAGUGUGUGCUGAGUGUGCCAGGAGGUUGAGUGUGUCAAUCAAAAUAGUGUACAGUAUUACAGGUGUGUUUAGGGAGUGUACAUGACCUCGUGUAUGUGUACAUAGUGUACAUUACAUUGAACACUUGUGUGUGUGUGUUUUAUAAACCUUUCAACUUGUGCUUUAUUGUUUCUCUCAAGUAAUAAACAUCAUUUCUGUGCUGCA